AUGGUGAGGUUGGGCUUGGAGGGGAGGAGGAAAAGAGAAGUUGGCCAAGAAAGGCCGAUAGAUAGAUUGAAAAAGGAAGACAGAAGAGGAUAUCACCCAAGCCAAGUUGAAGAACUGUUGUCACCAGACUUACACAAAGUGAAAUCCGAGCCCGAUGUUGGACCUUACAAUCUGCCGUCCCUCUCAGCAAUCACACUACAGGGUCACGAGUUCUUCAUUAUUUUAAUGCUUGAUGGUGUCCAGCAGGAGGAACUAAAUUUAGAACGUGGUGUGAUACGGUUCUCAAAUGACCCUGACGAUGAUGUGGUAUCGAAGCGGAGUCAAAGGGUCAGCGGGACAAACAAAACUCCUUAG